CUUUGCCGAUUUUGCAAUCGCGUUUAGUCACAGCCGAGCUGCGAUUUGUGGCGCUCUGCAUUUACGCAUCGAUCAGUAAUUGAGACCAACCGUGUUUAGAAACGCUUUAUGUUUGUAGAAUUGUGAAAGAAGUGUGCUUUGUAUAAGUUUCCCGGUUUUCGUGUGAUUUUUUCUUAAUUGCACUGCGAAGACCGCGGGCGCAAUGCGACUACGCUUAACGCUUGCAAUAUUAGCCAUCUUGCAGGUCAUCUGUACGGCAAAUGCAAAUGGGCACUACACAGUUGUCGCUCCAGGCACAAUACAUACCAACGGCAAAUAUAAUGUUGCUGUCGCUCUACAUCAAGCCACCGUACCGGCAACAGUAAGAAUCAGUCUACUGGGUCCACAAUAUAACGAUUCCAAAACCGUUGAGCUGCAACCGUACGAAGUGCAGAACAUCGGCUUUAAUGUGCCGGUACUGCGUGAUGGCCAAUACAAUAUCAUGGCAGAGGGUUUGAGUGGUGUGAUCUUCAAGAAUUCCACCAAGCUCAGCCACAAUGUCUUUCAGACGCAUGUGAAGAUACAAACUGAUAAGGGAAAAUAUAAACCGGGUGAUACGGUUAAUUUUCGCGUACUUUUUUUGGAUGAGAAUCUGAAACCUAGUGGUCCGUCAGCGAGCAGUGUUAUGUGGUUUGAGGAUGGCAAGCGCAAUCGCAUCAAAGAAUACAAGAACUUCACGGUCAAGAAGGGUGUCUACACGGGCAAAUUUCAAAUAUCCGAGUAUCCUGUUAACGGUAGGUGGCGUUUGGCUGUGGAUAACGGUGGCUGGCGUCGUACAAUUGUCAGCUUUGACGUAGAGAAAUAUGUCUUACCAAAAUAUAAAGUGAGCGUUGAUGCCACCUCCAAGGUGUCAGUGAAGGAUGGUGACAUGCAGGUGGUCGUGCGAGCCAACUAUACCUACGGCAAACCGGUUAACGGAAAGGUUACCUUAAUUAUGAAACUACAGUCCUUUUACUAUACGCACAAAACCAACGACAACUCAACAGCCCAACCAGCGCAAAUAAUAAAGACCAAGGAAAUGGUGAAUGGUAAAGCAAAGUUCGAUCUCAAUGUGAGCCAAUAUAAAGACAGCUUCCUCAGCUUUAGAACUGCGCCAUUGGAUAUAACCGCAACGGUGGAAGAGAAUUUUACAGGCGUCAAAAUCAACAGCACCACAGGAACAACGCUCUACCGGGACCGCUACUACAUAAGUUGUCAGGUUUUUCAGGAUUGCAACUGGUUUGUAGCCGACGAGGAAGCCGAAAUGACAUUCCGUGUAGUGAGCUUCGAUGACGGCAUACUAAGGGACAUCAAUGUGCCCGUGCGCCUAAGUUUCACCGAAUCACUGCAUAGGAACUACUAUAGGGAUGAUAACAAAACCGAGCCUAAAAUAGGCAACCAAGUCUUGGAAUUUGAAAGUGUAUUGGAUGGCAACAGCAGUGCGGUGUUUAAGGUGAAGUUGCCAGCGCUGGAAAAAUUUGAAGAUUACACCCAUUUCUAUAAAAUAAAAGCAUUCUACAAAGAUGAGAUACACGAUGUUAUGAAUAUAUAUCAGAGGGAUCCACCUAAAACUACGGACGAAGUAAAGACAGAUGCGCCUACGAAACCGAAGUCGUUCUUUAAAGCACAGCUGGAGUAUCCUAAAGGGAGUUAUACUUUCGACGCUGACAAGGACAUUAUACUGACUCUCAACUCAAGUGCACCACUGCCAUAUUUCGACUACAAUAUCGUGGGACGUGGAAACAUUUUAGUUAGCGAGCGUAUAUAUGUGCCUAAUAAGGCCAAUAGCUAUGACUUGACUCUGAGGCCUACUUUCCUGUGGAUGCCCUUUGCACGAUUUUAUGCCUACUUCAUUGAUGAACUGGGUGAAUUUCACUAUGCCGAGACAAGUUUGCAAAUUAAGACGGAAAUGCAAAAUGAGUUAGAGAUUACUGCCCCAACGGAGGUGAAGCCCGGCGCAGAUGUCGCUCUGCGCAUUAAAACCACGCCACAUUCCUUUGUUGGUCUGCUUGCUGUAGAUCAAAGUGUGCUCCUUUUGGGUCGCAAUAAUGAUAUCUCCAGGAACGAUUUCAACUGGCGUCUGAGCUCCUAUACAACCUAUACACCUUGGCAGGGCGGUUACUCACGCUACCCGGGCGGUCAUAGUGGUCUUAUUACAAUGACAAAUGGCAACUAUUUCUACAACUAUACACCGCCAGUGACUAACGCAGUUGACAAUCGCUUCGAAGACCUGACGGCCGUGCGUAUAACGGGGGGUACUAUGGGACUCGCUGCAAACCCCGUUUCCUUAGUAACACCCUCUACAGCAAGCCAGGAGGUUACAGUACGCAGAGAUUUUGCAGAAACGUGGAUUUUUGAUGAUAUUGAAGACACGCAAACAGCGGAAUUCAUAUGGACAAAGAAAAUCCCUGACACAAUUACUUCUUGGGUAGUCUCGGGUUUCGCGAUUCACCCGGAGAAUGGACUUGGUGUUACAACGCAUAAUACUGAUAUUGUCACUUUUCAACCUUUCUUUAUAUCAGUGAGGUUGCCAUAUUCAGUUAAGAGAGGCGAAAUCAUCAAUGUGCCCGCUUUAGUCUUCAACUACCUAGAUAAAGCGCUGGAUGUCGAAAUCACACUAGACAAUACAGAUGGCGAAUAUGAGUUCACCGAAAUCUCCAAUGAGAUCUCCAGCGAAGUAAAACGUGUAAAACUCGUACAUGUACCCGCACUGUCCUCAGCUGGAGUCGCAUUUAUGCUACGUCCCAAAAUUAUAGGCAACAUUAUGUUGAAGUAUACCGCUAUCUCACCACUCGCCGGUGAUGCCAUACACAAAAUGCUGAAAGUGGUACCCGAAGGCGUGACGGAGUACGCAAAUCGCGCAUUCUUUGUGAAUCUGCCCGAGCAACGGCAGAGCUUCGAUUUAGUGCUACCAGCUGAUGUAGUGCCCAACUCGGAGCAUAUUGAAGUGUCUGUGAUCGGUGAUUUGCUGGGACCGCUUUUGAAUAACCUCGAGCAUUUAUUGCGCAUGCCAACCGGUUGUGCCGAACAGACUAUGUCGACAUUGAUACCCAAUUACUUGGUGCUGAAAUAUCUAAAGCACAUCAACAAGCUCACACCCGCUUUGGAAGCAAAGAUAUUGCAAAACUUGGAGACGGGUUAUCAACGCAUGCUCGGCUUUCGUCUGAAAGACGGUUCGUUUGACACCUUCCGCGCUCAGGAUAGAAAUGUGAACGGUUCCGUCUGGCUAACUGCCUAUGUGACACGUUCGCUACAUCAACUGCAAGAGUUUAUAAAAGUAGACGAUGCAAUACUCGAGAAGAGCUUGAAAUAUCUCAUCGACCGUCAAACGGAAAAUGGCACUUUUGUGGACACCAACAACGUACGCUUCGGCACAGAACGUCAGGAAGGCGUGGCAUUGACAGCGCAUGUUCUAUUGACGCUCAUUGAAAACAAGCAACUAACCAAGGAAUAUCAAGCUAAUGUCGACAAGGCCUUCGAUUUCAUUUUGGCGAACAGCGAGAAAUCUGCCAACAUAUUCGGUAAGGCUUUAACUGCGUACGCCUUACAGUUGGCGCGACAUCCGUCAGCCGGCAAACAACUCGAAAUACUAAACUCAACUGCCAAAACUGCUGAAGAUCGCAUGUGGUGGUCGGCUUCAGAACAUCGUUCGCAGCACUGGUGGCGUUGGAUACCCAAUGGCGAUGUUGAGAUCACCUCAUACGCGCUGCUAACUCUACUAGAUGGCGAUCUUGUCGGUGUGGAUGAUUUAUUGUCUAUUGUGAAAUGGUUGGUGGCCCAACGCAAUAGCUAUGGUGGUUUCAUAUCCACACAAGACACCGUUGUCGGGCUACAAGCGCUAAUUGGCUUCGCAGAAAAAGCGCAAUAUGAACCAGGCAUAAUGGAUGUGCUUGUGUUGGUUAAGGGCCCUGUUGAACGCACGGAGAACAUAAAGGUUGAUGAGGAAAAUGGAUUGUUGCUACAAACAGUGGAGCUGCCACACAAAACACUCUCAGUGGAUUUCAUUGCGAAGGGCAAAGGCGCUGCCUUAGUGCAAAUCGCCUAUCAGUAUAAUGUGCUCGAGAAGGAUCCGCAACCCAGUUUUGAAAUCAAAACCAUAAUCAAUAAGAACACACCAGUCUUGAAAUUGGAAAUGGAUGCUUGUGUGGAAUAUACCGGUGAAGGGAACGCAUCGAAUAUGGCGAUUUUAGAAGUGACGCUACCCUCUGGUUAUGUCGCCGAUGGGGAGGCCUUUGAACGCCUCAAAAGCGUGCCACGCGUCAGGCAAGUGGAGACACAGAAAUCGGACACCUUGAUUGCGAUCUACUUCGAAAGUCUGCCCAAGAGAGAAAUUCAAUGUUUGUCCAUCGAAGCGCUGCGCCUAUAUGCGGUUGCCCAACAGAAACCCGCUUCCAUUGUGCUCUAUGAUUAUUAUGAUACUUUGAAACGUGCAACGGUUUACUACGAAGUCGUCUCGAAGUUGUGCGAUAUUUGCGAGGACGAUGAAGAGUGCAAGAAGGCAUGUCAAUGAAGACAGUGCUUUCGUGAGAUGAAUUACAAUUCUAUACGAGAAUACAUUAUAUACAUAUGCCAAUAAACGGUCUGAAUAUCGGUGCAAUCAUCA